AAUUUAUAUAACUCUAAUAAAAAAUAUUUGUAUUAAUCAACUAUAUUGUAUGGAUGGAACAAUUGACACAUUUCCACAGGCAUUUACUGAGUAUGCUUGUCCAAGAAGAAGCCAAUUUAAUUUUCAUGUGAAAACACGGGAAGCUUGUAAAAAUGGGGCUGCUUCAAAUGUCAGUUUAAAAGUUGUAAAAAGUAUUGUGAUUGGUGACAUGUCUGUCGGGAAGACCAGUUUAAUUAACAGAUAUUGUCGUAAUCUUUUUGAAAGAGAUUACAAACCAACGAUUGGUGUCGAAUAUGAGGUGAAAAAGUACCAAAUAUUAGGCCAAGAAUUUCACCUUCAAAUGUGGGACACUUCAGGAGAAGAAAGAUUUAAAUCUAUUACAGGUGCUUAUUACAGGGGAGCCAAUGUUGUUACAGUGGUAUUCGACCUGAAUAGCCCUAUAUCGCUCACCAAUGCUAGUACUUGGUUAGAUGAUGCUCUGGAGAAGACGAAAAGCACGGUACCAGAAGUGUUCUUAGUUGGCAAUAAGCUCGACUUAAUGAAAAAGAAUGAUUUAGAAGCAAUGAGAGAAAGAGCAAUCGAUAUAGCGAAUCAGUUAAAUGCUGAGUACUGGGAAGUUUCCGCGAAAACAGGCAAAAACGUACAAGAGUUUUUCACCCGUGUAACAGCUUUGUGUUUUGAUCAGGCCGUUCUCAGAGAAAUAGAUACGCGUGAUGAGAAAUCUGGUAAAAUACAGAUGGGUAGUGGGAGUAUUAAAACGACUAAUCAGCCUACACAAACUAUAGUUCUAGGUAGUACGUCUUCGAAAGGAGUCGCGAUUAACGAAGCGUAUGAUGACAAAAGAAGCAGGUGUUGCAAAUAAUAUGAUGACGUCAUUAGUUUGGCAGUUUAAAUUAUCAGAUCUAUGCAGUUCUUAGUAGAUAUUUUAAAUUAAAAUAGAUGCAAUCAAACGUAUACUUGGUAGACAUACUCUUUCAGUUCACAGCUAUGCAUUGUGGUUACUUUGUUCUUCCUGGUGUCCGAUAUUUGCAGGUUUGACUGGAAUUUUCAAAUUUAAUUUCUUUUAAAAUUUAAAAUUUAGUUUUUAUAUCAAAGCAAAGUUUUAACAUUAUAUUUCUUUAGUUAUGGAUUCAUUUUAAUUGUGUAUAAUUUUUAGGAGCUUCUUGUUUUCCGUUUUCGUAAACUUCUUUGUUGUUGGGCGCUAAAGUGAUAAGAAUUAUGGUAAUAAGGCGCCAUUAAGACAAAAAUGUUAUAGCGUCUGAUUUAUCUUCUGCUGAUAAGGCGUCUCAUAUCUUGUUUUACUUUCAGAAAUAGUGUAUAUAUUAUAAUGCAUACAUAAUUUUAUCUUUUUUAAAAAAAGAUUUUUGUUGUAUUUUGUCUAUUUUUAUUUUAUUUUUUUUCAAUCUGUAUAUAUUUAUUUAGCGCAUGAAUGAAUUUGGAGAGAAUUAAAAUUGGAAGUACAUAUAAUAUAAAAAAAAUAUUGUGAAAUGUAUGUAUUUUCUAUUCAGCAUUUCUCUGUAAUUCUCCACUGUUUUUCUUUUCUGUGUUUUUUUUUUAAUUUUAUCACGCGGUAAUUGCUGUGAGAUAGUAGUUGGAUAGUAGCACUGUCUAUACAACAUUUACAACAAGCUUUAAGUGAAAAUUUUAGCCCAUUUUUUUCUAUAUAGUAUUGCCGGUGAUAUUUUUUUGAUUCAGAAAUUUUUCUACCUUAAUCCUUAUUAAGCCUCCAGUUUCCUACGCAAAUGUGAUAGAGCGACAAACCCUUUUAUUUAAAAAAAAGACAACAGGCGCUAGGAACGAGGUUGCAUUCGCGAAGGUUAAUUUUUGAGAAAAAACUUACGCGAAUUCCAUACCCUAUUUUUAAAAGUUGCGCUGACUGUUGUUUGCUUGACAAUGAUUUUUUAUAAGCGUUUUUAGUGUGGUAAAAUUACUUUGUCGCCCAGUCAUAGUGGCCGAUACUUU